AUGCCGGCCACAAAACUGUAUGUUGGCAACCUCCCUGAGGAUACCGAUAAGACUGAGUUAGAAGAGGCCUUCAAAAAAUUUGGCAGCAUAGUGGAAUUUGAUAUUCUCAAGGAUUAUGGAUUUGUUCAUUUUGAAAAUGAAACAGAGGCCAAGGCAGCAGUAGAGGCAAUGGAUGGCUUUCAGCACCAUGGAAAAAACAUUCGAGUUGAAAUAUCACGAAGCAAGGUUAGACAGAAGGCUGGUAUGGGUGGUAAAGGAGAAUGCUAUCGAUGCGGCGGAGAGGGACAUUGGUCAAAGGAAUGUCCAAGAGGACCAUCACGAGGCUCUGGUCGAGAUCGAAGAGACAGAUACAAUCCUUAUGAGAGGGACCCUUACUAUCCCUACCCAUAUGACUACUAUGCCAGAGCCCGCUUGUUGCCACCACUCCCAUAUGACCGAUAUCGCUAUGAUGCCUAUGAGCGCAGCAGAUUGCCACCACUGCCUCCUCCACGUGACCCACUUUAUCGUGACUUUGGGAGAGAGUCGGCUGACUACUACCGCAGACCGUCACCACCUAGAGAUCCUUACUACGAUUAUUAUGAGAGGCGCAGGUUAGCUGAACUAGAUUCCUAUGCUGAUACACUUGGAGGAUCAGCAGCAGCAGCCUCUGGUGGUCAGAAUGACAUGAAAUCAUUAUCAAGAGCAUCAAUGCAAGGAAGAAUUCCUGGACCGUACUGA